AUGAAGCCCUGCUGCUGCCCCUUCUCCUCUCCUAUUGCCCUCCCUCCUCCUGCCCUCCCUCCUACUGCCCUCCCUCCUCCUGCCCUCCCUCCUACUGCCCUCCCUCCUCCUGCCCUCCCUCCUCCUUCCCUCCCUCCUACUGCCCUCCCUCCUACUGCCCUCCCUCCUACUGCCCUCCCUCCUACUGCCCUCCCUCCUACUGCCCUCCCUCCUCCUGCCCUCCCUCCUCCUGCCCUCCCUCCUCCUGCCCUCCCUCCUCCUGCCCUCCCUCCUCCUGCCCUCCCUACUCCUGCCCUCCCUCCUCCUGCCCUCCCUUCUGCUGCACUUCCUCCUCCUGCCCUCCUGCUGCCCCCUUGGCGCCUUGCUACACCGACGUGCUGCCCCCCUCCCCUCCUCCCACCACUGCCACCUGCACGGCCACAAGGGGAGGAGCGCGAGGGAGUGGCGGUGUUGACCCCCACGCCCCUCCCCUCCACCUGCAAGGCACACACACAGCAGCAGAAAAUCGACUAG